ACAGCGAAGAAACGCUUUUCAAGCGUCCCAUCCCUGCCAGAAACUCGGCCCCCUUCGCGCAUGCGCUCUAUAGUCAUCACAGUAUGAGGAGUGCAGAGAACAAGUAACGUCAGAGAUGAAGACACCUCCGGACCGAUCAGGCAUCACAUUUGAAGUCGGAGCCAAACUAGAAGCUCGAGACCACCACAAGAACUGGUACACGGCCACCAUUGAGAAGAUUGAUUAUGACAAAGAGCGGGUCCUGAUCCACUAUCUGCAGUGGAGCCGUCGCCAUGACGAGUGGUUUCAGUGGAACUCACCGUACCUGCGGCCGAAGGAGCGAGUCAGCCUGAGGAGGCAGGGCCUGAAUCCAACGCGAUCACAGCCGACGUUUGUUUCAGGCUCAAAGGUUCUGGCCUGUUGGACCGACUGUCGUUUCUACCCGGCCAAAAUCCUCCGUGUCAACAAGGACGACUCCUACACAGUGCGAUUCUAUGAUGGCGUGGUUCGGACUGUGAAGCCCACCAAAGUCAAACCUUUCCAGGAAAAAUCCAGAUCUGAGAAAAGUGCUGUGGGAAGCGAGGGAUGGGAGGAAGGUGAGAGUGAGGAGGAGGAAGGAGGAGAAGGACAGGAAGAAGAAGAGGAGGAGGAGAAAAAGGAGGAAGAGGAGGCAGAUGAGAAGGUGACAACAGAAGAGACCGAUGCAGCUUUGGAGAGGGAGGAGGACAGGAAGAGGAAGGCAGAACCUUCAUCCUCAAAUCCACCUGCCAAGAAGAAAACAGAUGACAGCAGAAGCAGUGGAACUCAGAAUCAGCCAAUCACAGCUAACUCCACCCCCCCAGCAGCAGCAGCACUUAACCCUGCCCACAUAGACAGAGAUGUCCUGCUGGAGCGUCAGGCUCACCUUCCCACCACACACAAGUUCAGCAGAGAACCAUUGUACAGGGUGAUAAAGAACCAGCCUCCACCCAUCCUCUCCAUUGAGCUGGACCACAACCCCUUCAAGUGCCCUGCUCCCGGGUGCACUAAGUCAUUCAGGAAGGCGAGCCUGCUGCACUACCACAUCAAGUACUACCACACCGACCAGCAGCUGGAGGAGCAAAGCAGCGCGGAGGAGGCCGUGAGGAGGAAGCGAUCUUUUUCAGAGGGUGGCGACUUGGUGUCAGACAGGAGGAGUGAGAACUCAACCAGCGGAGAACAUGGCAUCAUGGGAACAGUAGAAGCCAAGAAGGAUGGGGGGAAGGAGAAAACGGGAGGACUGGUUAAGAAGGAGAGGAAGAACUUCCUGCGAAUCAAACUGAAGAAGAAGAAAAAGAAGAAGAAGAAGAAGAAAAGUCAGACGGGUUUCUGCAGCAGCGACGAUGAGAGCUCAGACAGACCUCCGAUCACUCUCAAGCUCUCAACUGAACAUCACAACACACACGUGCAAGCCGACGAUGGCAGCGAUUGGUCAACGCUGACAGCAGAGAGUGGAGAAGACACGCCCUCCUGGCCUGUUGGCACGGAGACGGAGGAGUGUGAGGUGGUGAGGUGUGUGUGCGAGGUGGACGAGGAGAAUGACUUCAUGAUCCAGUGCGAGUCGUGUCUGUGCUGGCAGCACGGGACCUGUAUGGGUUUAUACGAGGACAACGUCCCACACAACUACAUCUGCUACUACUGCAGACAGACCGCAGGUUGGCGGUGUGCUCAGCGUUUCCGGUCUGAGCCCGACUUGUUGAAAUCCGGUCACAUGUUUGGCCUGUCGUGUGUGAAGGAGAACUACUCGGAGGUCAACGCCUCCAAGAUCUCACACACCAGCCACCUGCUGGCGCACACGUACGGCAUCAGCCAGGUCCUCAGCGCCCUGCAACUCAAAAUCAGCCUGCUGCGCUCGCCGUCCCACCCCGACCAGCAGCUGUGGAGGUCACCGUGGAAGCAGGAGGAGAGGCACAGACUGACGUCCAGCCCGAGAGGAGAGCCGCCCGUCUGCUACGUCAGCAGCGAGCACUGCUAUCAGAAGCCUGGAGCAUCAUGGGAAAAAGGAGAGGAGCAGGAGAAAGAGAGGCCGAUGGUGACGGUGAAGCAAGAGCGCAGUGGCGAGGAGAAGGAAAUAAAACCUGAAGAUGUCAACAGGAGCGCAGCUCACACCGCCGCAGACAGAGACACCACCGCACUCACAGAUGUGCACAACAUAAAAACAGAGAAUCACGCAGGCGGCGGCGAGCAGGCGCACACUCGGACGUGCGCAGCGGAGCCUCACGCGGCGUCGGUGGCCGAGUGUCAGCUGAACCUGCUGGAGCACAUCGAGUCCCUGCACCAGCAGAUCAGCGCCAGGAUGGACGUGAUCGAGAGAGAGCUGGACGUUCUAGAGUCCUGGUUGGACCACUCCGGCGAGCUCGAGCCUCCUGACCCUCUGUCCCGCCUCCCGCAGCUCAAACAGCGAAUCAAACGGCUGCUGUGUGACCUGUGCACCGUGAGGCGCCUGUCGGUCUGCCGCUGACCGCCCUCCCUCUGAACUCUGACGAGACAAAGAGCGUGAAACUCUGAGUUGACUGUGGUUUGUUUCCCUGCAGUUACAGGACAGCGCCCCCCUGUGGUGGAGAAAAGGUGCUCUGCAACAAGAUGGUGUUUUGUUUUUUUUGUUUUUUUAAUACAACGCGACUGUUCCUGAAACGCCUCCAGCCGGACUUGAGAGCCCGUGUGAGCACCAGGCGAGGACGAGUUAGGUCAUUGAUCAGCUGUCAUCCGUCUCAUCGGGACGGGAUGAUGUUUGUCUCUGUGGAGGCUGAACGGACGCGUCGUCUGCCAUCAGCUCGUUGUUUUUCUGCCAGCCAGCAUCGAAGUGUAACAACGCACACAAAGGAUUUGGAUAUCGUAUAUUUUCUAAUUGUACUAAUAUUGCCAGUACUAAUAAUUGUUUGUUUGAAAGACUCUUGGAGGGUUUUACAGUCUGGUGAGACCAGGAGGUUCUUAAGGGUUGGUGACCACUAACUGCCUUUUUUUUUAAUGUUAGGAAUCAGUGCGAUGUGGAGCAACAACAAAACGGCUUCAGUGUUCCUCAGGAAGGAUACCCUUCAAGCAGCUUAUUUUCCUACCCACACAUAUUUAAUCUGACUAAUUUACUGCAGGACAUACCCCUUACUUUUAUUUUGAAAGUCACUGCUUCAUUGUUGUGUGGUUCCUGAUGACUGAUGUCAUCACCGCUGGGGUGGGGCAGCACCACAGGUUAAUUAAUCAUUGAUCAAUAAUCAUUAUGCCCAGUGUGAGGCCAAACACCUUUAGUUUAUUUGUCACUUCCAGCAUGAAGAGACGUUUACACGUUUGUGUAAAGCCACGACUGAUUAUGACGACUCGUGAGCGUCUGUGGGACUCUGCAGCAGUUUCAGGUUUCAGCGUUUUUGCUCAGCAUUGGACUGAUUCCAAGCUUUUUUGUCUUCUGUAAUAAUUUAAACCCAGAAUGGAGCAGCGGGCUUUGUACCACACUGUGAACAGUGAGGCAUGUUUAGGCUGGUGUUAUACAAAUCUUGAAUAUGGUUCAGUUUUCAUGUACGUAAAGCUCUGAACCAGUCAACAAAGAUGCAGGAGGUCAUCACUGUGCAGACUGCAGCAACAACCAGGCAAAGCCUACUGGGGACUCAGUGGUGAGCAAUGGCCUUGAUCUGUCCCACGGGCCAUGGUUUGUUCCUGGUCUUUGACUGAAGGAAUGAUGUCACAGAUACAUGCAGCUGAAAGAACGUGUGGGCUCAGCCGUAGAGCGGACGAGGGGCUGUGGCGUCCCCGAGGGAGCUCAGAGUAGUCGCUGCACCUCCACGUCUAAAGGAGCCCGGUCAUGAAAAUUGCAGAGGGAGUCCACGCCUGGAAUACCUACUUAGCCCACUGCCACCAGCAGACGGGCAGAAGGAAGAUGGAAAAAUCAGCCGCAGGUUAACAGAUACUGAGGUUUUCCUUUCACGAGCUGUUUCAGUUGCUAAUUUGAAGUUGAUGCGGUCAGUUUAACCGUUUCAGACAACUAAAAAUUCUGCUCCUGCAUUUUUCACUCAUUCAGAAUCAAACAGUAUAUCUUUUAAAAGCACAAAAACUCGACACCAAAUGGUGUGAACCACUUAUAAAGAGCACAGAAACAGUAGCUCUUUGUACUAAUCUGUCGUUUCUCACCUCUGCUGAGCGCUGUUUUCACUACAAGUGUCCAACAAACGAAAUGCUUCCAGACUUUCAGUGUCUUCAGUGGAAAAACAGGGUUUAAAAACACGCAUGUUUAAAUGGAUGUAAACAGCUAACUGCAGAGCCGAUCACAUUCAGUUCUGUUAGAAAGUUAUUCGGGGAAAUUCUGGGAAUCAUUUUGCAGGAGGAAUUCAUCCAUUCGUGGUAUGAUUCACUGCUGGCUCGAGCUGUGAGAGGUCACCCAGAUGAGGUUGUGGUGGCAGACUGUCAUUACAGUGUCAGCUUUGGCGUCCUGUUGGUGUUUCUCUGUUAAAAGCCUCAUUGAGGGAACAGUUGUAUUCCCCUCCUCCUGUCCUCGUUUAUCUGCUUUUCUGCAUUUAUUUGUUUGUUCAAAUAGACAGUAUCUUGGGUUGUGAACAGCAUGAUACAUUUUUUAUUCUGGACUCUUCAGUGUUAGCUUUGCUUAAUUCACAGUUAAUAAUUUAUCUGCUCUGUUUGAAACUGUUUCAGCUCGUCUGCCUUUAAGGCUACUCUUUCCUAAUUGGUUGCUCCUCUUAAAUAGAAGAUUUGGACAGUAGGUGGGUGGGGCUUAUGUGCCUGAGAUGACCAUAUUAGUAAUAUCCUCUUUCUGUGACAUCAUACAGAUCCAGGGAUAGAAAAAAAGCUGCCUGAUAUGUGGGCUCACAGCAAAUUGUUCUUCAUGUUAAACAUGAACUUCCACGGCUGGCCCCAGAAAUAAGGAAAAGCAGAGUAUGUCCCCGGCUUUUUAUUUUUUAACAGCUGGCUCAUAAUAAGUUUUAUAUGUAUGAGUUCUGAACCAGACUGUCCUGCACAGAAUCAGAUGGAGAAAACUGCAGGUGCUGUUGUUGGUGCAGUCUGCCAUUAAAGCAAACAGCCUACUGUUAGAUUAAGAAACCCCAGCAGCUUUAAAAUGUACAUAUGUCUGAAUGAAGUUUUAUAUUCUUGAACAAGAAGCUAACUGUAUAUAGCUGUAGAUUUUAUUUUGAUAGAAUGGCUUGAAAGUGGAACUUUCCAGGAAAACAGUUCAUUUCAUGUUAUUUUCAGUUUUUCCUUCAGCGUCUCGUUACACUCUGAAAAACUUACCUGCUUAACGCUGAUGUGUCUUUAAUCCAACCUGUUGCUUCUCUUCAGUUUUUUAAAGUUUUAUUACCACGCCGGCUAAAGAUGCUGUGUUACGUAUCGCAGCCCGCAGGGGCGUCUGACUCAGACCACAUGAACUGUAUAUAAAAGAUGGACACAUAACAUAAAGUCACCAGAACAGCGCUUCCUGAGAUUGGCAAUAUCAGGAAGCGUCUCAUAGACAUUUCAUCCAAUCAGACAGCUUUUCACAGCCACAGUCGCCGCCCUCUGCUGGUCAUCAGAAAGCAGGUUUAAGGCAUUUACGUCUUUCUUUCAUAUACAGUCCCAAGUUUUCAUUUUUAUAUUCAUACUCUUGUUUAAAGCACGAGGAAAUGUGUUUUUCUGAGGAGUUGUAGCUUUGAAUAAAGGUAUAAAAUCCCA